CAUAACUUUAACUGAAAUGAUAUCUAGUUGUUUUGACCAAAUGUAUUUAGCACCUUUCAAUCAUUGUCAAUAAUGAUGGAUGUGUAUGCGCGCGCACGUAUGCGUAUUCCAGUUGCGCAAGAGGAGGGCCAAAGGCGGGCGCGGGAUAAAAAUCCCCCUGCCCUCGUCUUCCUCGCAUCACUUUGUCUCACUUCAUCUUCCCACCGAGGUACGUAAACGCUUCACCGCGCUUGAAACCGUCAUUUACGCGACGUUUGAGCGGUGUAAUUGGACAUUUUAGGAAUAAUGUAAAGAACAUUUUUGAUUGUUUUAGUAACAUUGCGACAAUGGAGUGUGGGAUUAUUUAAAAAGUUACUUUGGAAUUUAAUCUAUAGCAUAACGUUUGAGUGAUGUGCGUGUUAUGUUACUUCGUCGAUGCGAUUUUUUUGAAUAUACCGGGAAUAAAAGUAAUUUCAGAAGGACGACUAUUGUUCUGCAUUGCCCGUAACGGCUGCCAUGUUGUUCUGUCAUGUCCGCCAUCACUUGGCUGUUUUUUGGCUAAAGGCAAGAAUGCAACACGCACGACCAACAGGUUGUGUACCACCCGUGGUGUCUCACUUUUACAACUAAGACAUCCUAAUGCGGGUUAAGCAUAUGUAUUAAAAAUCAAAUAAAAUGUAACAUACGUACGAUAAGUUCCGCCCGUGUAUAAUUCAAUAAAUCCCCAGCGAGAAGCGCGCUUCCAUUCUGGGAAAGGCCAGACAGCCGUCAAUGCGGUGGAAUGUUUCUGGAGUGGAAAGAGUAUUAAGAUCCCUUGGGGGCCCCCCCAAAAGGUGUUAUUUUUGUCUUUCAGGGUCAAGCCAGACAGCCAAGAUGCCCGAGAAAAUGUAAGUGCGCUGCUCGUCGUCUCUCAUCGGAGUUUAUUUUGAGCGCGUGAUUAGGAAACACAAUCGGCGUGAUGACACUUAACCCUGUCGUGUGUUUCCAAUGCUUCCAUUGCAGGCCCGAGAGGAAAUCGAAAAUCUCAGCUUCUCGCAAGCUCAUGCUGAAGAGCUUGAUGGUGGCCAAAGCCAAAGAGGAUCUGGAGCGAGAGCUGGCCGAGAAGGAGGAGCAGAAGGCGAAGUACCUGGAGGAAAAAGCGCCCGUCUUAAACAUCAACUCAAUGAGCUCAGAGGAGCUGCAGAAACUUUGUGAAGAGCUACACUCCAAAAUCGACGUGGUGGAUGAGGAACGCUACGACAUCGAGGCAAAAGUCAUGCACAACGCCCGAGAGAUCAAAGACCUGAACAUCAAGGUUCUGGACCUACGAGGAAAGUUCAAGCGACCCAACCUUCGGCGGGUGAGAGUCUCGGCUGACGCCAUCCUGCGUUCGCUGCUGGGCUCCAAGCACAAAGUGUCCCUGGACCUGCGAGCCAACCUCAAGUCGGUCAAGAAGGAAGACACGGAGAAGGAGAAGACGGCGGAGGUGAGCGACUGGAGGAAGAACGUGGAGGCCAUGUCGGGCAUGGAGGGCCGCAUGAAGAUGUUUGACGCCGCAAAGGGCCCCGGGCAGUAGACCUGCUCACGGAAUAAAUAAACCAUCUGGCUUCGUUUCAGUCCAGGAGAAGGCGACACACACUCGCUCAGCAUUUUUGUCGUCGUCGUUGUCUCGACUUCAUUUUGCGUGUUCUCUUUGCGUGACGCGGGAAUAAACG